AUGGCUUCACUGCUUUUAGCAAAUCCCGAAAUCGCACCGGCAUCACUGUGGAAUCGCAAAGAUAUAGUAGAGUUUAAGAAUACUAUCAAAAAAGAAGGCAGUGAAGGAAUCAUCAAGGUUGGACAUGGUGAAACUGUUACGGUCCGAGUUCCCACUCAUGAGGAUGGAACAUGCCUGUUCUGGGAGUUCGCCACUGACUACUAUGACAUUGGCUUCGGUGUAUAUUUUGAGUGGACCAUCGCUGACAGUAAUCAGGUGUCAAUUCACGUGAGCGAGUCCGACGAUGAAGAUGAAUACGAUGAGGCAACUGCUGAGGGAGUUGAAGCUGGAGCUCCACCACCUGCGGGAGGUAAAGUAUUAUAUUGUUCUCAGAAGAUUCGCUCAAUCAUCAGAUGA